CUGGCGAUGGCGGAAGACUGUGCGGAGGGGAACGUAGACGAAGCGAUGCACCUCUGGACUUUGACUUCUUCUCGAAAGUGGCAAUUAGAGCCCCCAAUUCACAGGACAUUCACGUGGUGCGGUGUCGACAUGCCAAUGCUGAUAGACACGGGGUCGCCCGUCUGUGUUGUGCCCCGCGAAAUUUAUGAAAAGAACUGGGAGAGAUGGCCGCCAUUGCAACCUUCAGGUGUCAAGCUGUCCUGUUAUCUUGGCAAGCUCCCCGUCCUAGGACAAUUGGACAUGAAGGUAGCCUACAAGGGUGCCGUAGUAGAGUGCCCCCUAAUUGUAUUGAAUUGCCCCGGUCCUAGUCUAUGCGGGCGGGAUCUACUGUUUCAGCUGAGCAACGCAGGGUCACCUAUUCUUCACAUGACUGCGGAAGACGGAUCGCCAACGAGUCUCCCGGCCGCGGACGACAUCGCCAACGAGUUUCAAGACGUCUUCAGUGCGGAACUCGGCUGCAUCAGCGGCCCCCCUGUACACCUUCAACUCAAGGAGGGAGCUACACCAAAGUUCUAUCAUCAGCCGCUCCUGGGCCUGCUGAAAGCGGACAAGCCUACGCCGGCGUUGGCCGCAGCCCGAAUACAGCGCUGGGCUCUCUACCUCGGUGGAUUUCGCUACAAACUUCAGUAUUCGCCCGGUAAGCUGCUACUAAACGCCGACCCACUCAGCCGGCUACCGCUGCACACUCCAGAACCACCAGCAAGGAGCGAACCCCCCGAGUAUGUUCACGCGCUGGCAAGUUUCGAUGAUGGCACUGUGUCUGUCGAGGAACUCAAACAGCUAACUGCGCAGGACGUGUUACUAACGAAGGUUGUGGAGUAUACGAAGCACGGCUGGCCUACACAUGUAAAGGACGCGGGAUUGGGGCCAUUCUCGGAACGCCGGUUGGAACUAUCUGUGGCUCACGGGUUGGUAUACUGGGGGCAUCGAGUUGUUGUUCCCACACAAGCACGAGAACGGGUACUACACAUGUUGCAUGAAACGCAUCAAGGGUCCUCGGCCAUGAAGGCGGUUGCCAGAUCGGCAUUCUGGUGGCCGGGACUAGACCGAGAGAUAGAACACCUCUCAGCGUCGUGCCACAAUUGCGUUCAAAACCUGCCUAUGCCGGCCUCUGCUCAACCCAUCAGUUGGCCAGCCGUUAAGGAAAAAUGGUCGAGGCUCCACGCCGAUUUCGCCGGGCCGGUCGCAGGCAGCAUGAUACUGGUAGUCGUGGAUGCUGCCACUAAGUGGAUUGAAGCCGUGCCCAUGAGGCAGGCAAGCACGUCAUCUACGAUUGCCAGCUUGCGCAGCAUUUUUGCCAGAUUCGGUGUUCCACGCACAAUAGUUACGGACAACGGCACGCAGUUCACUAGCGAAGAAUUCGCCAUCUUUGCUAAGAACAAUAACAUCGCACACCUACGUACGGCUGUGUAUCACCCACAGUCUAACGGACUUGCUGAACGAGCUGUUCGUACGAUUAAGGAAGCGCUAAAGAAGAUGAGCGAAGGCACACUUGAAGAGAAGCUGGUCAAAGUUCUUUUCAACUACAGGAGAACGCCGUGCCACGAGGGAAAAUCCCCUUCCGAACUUCUAUUCGGCUACUUGAUCCGCUCGCGCUUGGACUCGUGUUUCCCGCCUUUCCCAGGGUCAACCCAGGAGACGGAAGAGUGGACACUGCCGCCCGACACAGCCGUGUACGCCCGUAACUACGGCCAGGGGGAGAAAUGGACACCAGGGAAAGUGCAGUCCACUACAGGGUCACGCAUGGUCACCAUACAAACGCCUACUGGGGUGGUUCGACGUCACAUAGACCAAGUGCGUUCCAGGCCGAGCCCGGCAUCCGCUCGGAGCGGCGUUCGAGACCAAGACGAGGGGAGCCCUUCGGCUGCAGCUGCGCCCGCACCGACCGACAACGAAGGCGAUUUGAACAAGCAGCCUACAGACCAGGUGGCGCCGGCACAAGCGUCGCCGCCUAUCCAGAAGGCGCAGGAACCCCCUCAAGCUUUGCGACGAUCUACUCGGGAAAGGAAGCCUGUACAGCGUCUUCAAUACUAAGGGAGGAGAAAUGUUGUAAAUCAUCUUGAUAUGCUAUCUCCCGCCGCCUGAGCCAGGCGUGUGACGUAUCAACAACAGCAGCGUUAUGUCUUUCCUCGCCCUUUCUCCCUUCCCAACUCCCUCUCUCUUGCUUGCGUUAAAUACUCUGUUCACGGACGAAUAAACGUUCUUUUCCAGUCCCCCAGCGCUGGUCUCGUCAGUCGUCCACGCACCGUAUGUGCGCUUGCUACGUA